AUUUCUUGCUGACAUUCCUCAUUAUCAAGUGUAUAGUUCUGUCAAUUUUAAGCUAUAAGUUACUUUACAACACUACUUAAAUAACAAUCUUCUGGCGUUCGUGAAGCAAAACAGAAUUUUUUUACAGUUAUUGUUAUUAUGGAUAUUAAUUGGAUCAAGAUUACUGAAAGGGCACGCGAAGGCAUUAAAAUUAUUAAUGCAUUGCCAUACGAAACAUUUACAACGGUACUUAAUUUUGUUCAUCGACAAAUGAGCCCCACUGAUCAAGAUCAGGAUAUGGUUGAGCCAGAAAAUGCACUUGAAGAACUUGAACGUUUAGUAGGUGUACCUAGAAGUGAUUUUCUACUUCUAAUAAAGACAUUUUCUUAUAUAUUACGUCGUACAUCAACUUUUGUUAUUAAACCUUCAAGAUUGCAAGUAGAAUUACGCGAAAAACUUCAAUUGCAAGAAGCUAAAAUUGAUGCAAUAAUUCGGUUAUGGGUACGACAAACAACACCCAUCAUGAAUAACUUAGCAAACGAACGUUAUGAAUCAAAUGAAAUAAACGACGUGGCUUGGAAACUUAAUGUUGAAAUAUCAUCGCACUGUCAACAACGUGAAAAAAAUGCAUUGGCCGUACUUCAGUUAAAAACUGGAGCUGGUGAAGAUAUCAACUUGGAAAUGAAUCACGAAGAAUUGUAUCAGCUUUUUAAUCAAUUUGAAUCGAUUCAGAAUGAAUUGGAUGCAAUAAAACCAAUUUCGGAUGCAACAAACAGUUCGGUUGUGAACGGUAGUAUCAACAAAUAAAUUAAGCUAGCAUUUUUGAGUUCUCAAAAUUCAACAAAAAUGUAAGUCCUUUAAAAGAUUAGUGUGUUGACUGUGUUGAUAUGUGUAUGUCUAUAGUAUUUAUUGUAGUUAAAUGUUUAAUUAUAUGUAAGAGUAAAUUCAAGCUUAGAUUUUAUUAAUUGUAUAAA